CACGAGCGAGCGAGCACCUGCUGCUGGUGCUGCAUCGUGGCUGUCCUUGUUGUUUGUGUUGUUGUUGCCGCACAACCGCAAGCAAUGCAAGGGGUUGGGAAUAGUUGUUGGAGAUGUGGCGAAUAAUCUGGGUGAAACCGUUUUCGAUUUUUUAUUUUUGGUGGGGUGCGCGAAAGCAAAGAAGAAGGAGAAGACACAACGACCUUGUUAUCACAGAUUCUACGGCGACUGUUGACGCCUCUCCACCAGAAGUUGGAUCACAUUUGAGCAAGUGGGAGGACAGUCGCAACAGCGACAGCUGCCUUAGUGAGGCCUCAACUGCAUCUCGCCGAACAUCCGCAGCGAGCACCGAGGCAAUCACCAACAUGCCGCGCAAAGGCCGCCAAUUCCUCGAGGAUGCUGGUCCUCGAGGAGAAAUGACUGGCAACGCAGGCAAGUCCGGGGCUGAGCUUGACGCGGCCCGCAAACGCAACACCGCCUAUGAGUACCUCUGCCAUCUUGAGGAAGCAAGAAAGUGGCUGGAGGCGUGCCUGGAAGCAGAGCUCCCGCCUGCGAGCGAGCUGGAAGGCGCGCUGCGCAACGGCGUCAUUGUGGCCAAACUUGCCCUCUUCUUCGCCCCAGAUGUCGUCAACCCAAAGAAGAUCUACGAUCCAGAAGAGAAAAUCUACAAGGAGAAGGGCCUUGUUUUCCGCCACACGGACAACAUCAACCACUGGCUUCGCGCCAUGGAGAAGAAGAAGUUCCCAGAGAUCUUCUAUCCCGAGAUCACCGACCUGUACGACAAGAAGAACAUGCCACGCGUCAUCUACUGCAUCCACGCCCUCAGCCGCUACCUGUUUGGCCUCGGCAUCGCCCCAGAGAUGGAGGACCUGCACGGCGUCGCAGAGUUUACGGAGGAAGAGCUCUCUGCCAUGGAACAGGAGCUGCAAAAAGCCGGCGUGCAGAUGCCCAAGUUUGGCAAGAUUGGUGGCAUCUUGGCAAAGGAACUUGGCGAGGACGACGCAGCGAUGCACGCAGCCAUCUUGAAGAUCAACCAGGCGCUCGAAACGGAAGCGCCGAGCGACGAGCUGUACCCGCUGCUGUCUGCCUCUGCUGCAAAGCUGAAGAAGAUUGACAAGGAGAACAUGGACGGCUACCGCGACACGCUCAUUGCGGCCAAGAUGGAGAAGACGGCCAACGCGCCCGAGGCGUCACACGUCGGGCUCAACGACUCGCAGCAGGCCGGUGACGCCGAGCAGGUGGACGUGUACGACACCAACCUCACGCGCGAUGAGAUCCAGAAGAUCAUCAACGUCAUCAACACAACCGUCGCUGCAGAGAAGAAGCGCGCCGCAAUUGAGCAAGCGAUCCAGGACCUGAGCGAGGCGAUUGACGAGAAGAACGAGGAGAAGAUGAUGACGGCACUGCAGACGCCGGCCAUGGAGCUCAAGGACGUCGAUCCAGCCUUUGCACCGCACUACAUGGUGUCGCUGACCGCCCUGCAGAACAGCCUGCCCGAUGACGAGUACUUUACGGUUGAGCAGGUGCAGGAGGCUGUCAACGAUGGCAACGACGCCGCUGCCAAGCGCAAGCGAGUGUCUGAGAUUGUGCAGGCGAUCAACGAGGCCGUCACUGCCGGAAGCGUCGACGAACUUCGCGAGCUCUUCAACGAAUGCUCCGAACUCCUUGAUCUUCCGCCAACAGACAGUGCUGUGACAGAGCGCUACCUCGAAGCGCUCAAGACAGCGACCGCCGAACACGGCCCGCUGUCGCUGGAGCAGAUCAGGGCGGUGCUGCAGGACGUCAACAAGACACUUCAGCACGAAGCGGCUGUGCAAGCGGCACUGCAGGAGCUGGACAAGCGCAUCGACGAAGGCGAAGCAGAGCAAACACUUGAGGCCCUGCAGGCGCCUGUGCUGGCGAUUGAGGAUGUUGACGAGGCUGGUGCACUGCACUAUCAGGCCUCACUCGUCCGAGCAAAGGAAGAAGUCAGCGGCGAAAUGCUCGGCCGUGAUGAUGUGCAGAAGGUGAUCAAGGACGCCAACUUUGAAGCGGAAGAGAAUGCAAAACAUGCGGCUGCGCUGUUUGCGCUGAAUGACGCGAUCCGCAAAGGCGACGCCGACAAGACACUGGCACAGCUCAAGGAGCCGUAUACGCGAGUGGACAAUGUGCAGGACCGCUGCGGGGAGCGGUACCAGAAGUCGCUGGCCCCGGUGCUUGCAAGCAAGGAGUCAGACAACGCGGUUGCGGCGAAAAAGUGGAAGAAGUAUGCCACCGACGACGGACGCGACUACUACUUCAACAAGGAGACGAAGGAGACGCAGUGGCUGCCGCCGGAGGAGGUGAUUGCUAACAACCUGAGCGUCGAGGAGGUGCAGGAGGUCGUUGACAAGUGCAACGCAGACCAGGCGCGGUGGGACUCGUUUGUGGAGGCGGAGCCGGCGAUUGUGACGCUGCAGGCACACAUCCGCGGUAUGCUGCGCCGCAAGGAGCAUCUGGAGCGCAUGAAGUAUCUUCGCGAGCACGAGGGCGACGCCGUGAAACUUCAGGCGGCGUUCAGGGGCUACAAGCAGCGCAAGCAGUACAAGGACCGCCUGGACUACCUCAACUCCCAGGAGGACGCCGCAAUCAAGAUCCAGGCUGCAUACAAGGGCCUGAAGGCACGCCAGCAAUACAAGACACUCACGAAGGUGGACAACCCGCCUGUUGCGACAGUUCGCCGGUUCCUGCAUCUUCUUGACCAGAGCGAUCUCGACUUUGCAGAGGAGCUUGAGCGUCAACAGCUCAAGCAGAAGGUGGUGCUGGCGAUCCGCUCCAACCACGAGCUGGACGAUGCGCUGAACCAGAUGGACAUCAAGAUUGGCCUCCUGGUGAAGAACCGCAUUGAGCUCGAUGAUGUCGUGAAGCAGAACAGGGAGCUGAAGAAGGCGCGCAAGCGCGGCAGCCAGCAGAAGCUCGUGCUCCCGCACCAACAGGGCGGCCUGAAGAGCCUUACCAAGCAGUCACGGCAGAAGCUUGAGUCGUACCAGCACCUCUUCUACCUGGUGCAGACCAAGCCCGAAAUUCUCGCCCGACUUGUUUUCCUCGAUCAGCCCAUGCCCGGGUGGUCGAACAACAAGACGAGCCGCUUCCUGGAGGACGCCAUCCAGCUCAUCUACAACUAUGCCAGCAACGCGCGCGAGCAGUAUCUGCUGCUGAAGCUCUACCGCACUGCGCUCAAGACGGAGAUCCAGGAGAAGGUGAACACGGUCAAGGAAAUCAUCACAGGCAAUCCCACAGCCAUCAAGCUCGUCAUCAACCAGUACCGCUCCUCUUCACAGGGCGUGAAGUACCUGUCCUCGACGCUGCGGCCGCUGGUGCAACAGUGCCUUGCAGACGAGUCGCUUGACCUCAACACGGACCCCAAAGUUGCGUACAAGAAGUGGAUCAACCAACAGGAGCGUGAGACUGGCGUUGCGUCGACGCUUCCACGCGACGUGACGCGGGAGGAGGCGCUCAAGCACGAGCCCGUGCGCACGGCAGUGGACAAGGCUGUCAGCAAGCUCGUUGAGAUUGGCGAGGCGUUCCUCGACUCCAUCCUCGCAAACGUGUCGCUGCUGCCGUUUGGUCUGCGCAGCAUCUGUGGCGCCUUGCGGGAGGACUUGCGGGCCAGGUUCCCUGAUGCUCCCGAGGUGGAGAUCACAAAAGUGCUGGGCAACGUGCUGUAUUACCGCUACAUCAACCCGGCCAUCAUCGCGCCAGAGGCGUUUGGCGUCAUUGAGACGUCCGGCCACACGGAGCUGACGCCGCUGAAGCGUGGCAACCUCGGUUCCAUUGCCAAGCUGCUGCAGUCUGCUGCCUCUGGGCUGCGCUUUGAGCUCUCUGAGGGCGAGAAGACAAGCCCGCUCAACAAGUUCCUCUACGAGGGAUGGAAGAAGUUCAAGACGUAUUUCCACGACGCGGCAACGGUGAUGUCGGCGGAGCAGCAUUUUGGCAUUGACGAGUACUCUGAUGCAGUCAUGCUCACCAAGCCGCAAAUCAACAUCUCCCCCGUGGACAUCUACUACAUGCACAAGAUGCUGAGCGUCAACGCGGACCAGCUUGUUGACGAAGGCGACACGCAGCUUCACGAGAUUCUGGAAGACCUUGGUCCCAUUGGCGAGCCCGAGGACGAGAUUGGGCCCGAAGACAGCCCCGAGCGCAGCGCCAACAAGGUGCCCAUGUGGAUGCUUCUCGCCAACAAGUUUGAGGUGCCGGAGGAUGACACGUCCGACAUCAAGGCGCUCUUUGUCAGGACGAAGCGCAUGGUUGUGGACGUGAUCCGGUUUCAGCAGGGCAAGACGCUCAAGGACAUUCUUGAGACACCCGCCACCAGCGAGAUGGAGGAGGAGCACUUGGCAUUCACAAAGAAACGCCGCGCUGAACUCGACCAGCUUGCACAAUCUGAUCCAGACCUGAAAGACGUCAUUGCAGAACAGCGAUCCGAUUUCUCGACUCUGGAGCAGACGAAGGAGAAGAUUUUGUCGAAUGCGGAGGUGUUGGAGAAAGAAGGCCUGUGCUCGAAGGAGCAGGGCUACCAGAACUUGCUCAACGCCGUUGCCCAGGACAUUCGCAACCAGCGCAUCUACCGCCAGCACCGCAAGCAGGACCUGGCCAAGCUCAAGCACACGCUGGAGGAGCUUGAGGUGAAGAAGCGCCAGCAGUCUGAGGCCAUGGACUACUACGACCAAUACGUUAAGGAGUGCAUGAAGCAGAUGGGCAAAGCCACAGCCACAAAGAAACGCUUCUGGUUCCGCCCGAACCGCCGCAAGGAGACGGAGAGCGGGCAGUGGAUUGGCACAUACAGCACAAACGCCCACAAACUCAAGGAGCGCGGCGUCCUCGUCUCUGUCACCGGCGUCUCAGACUUCCAGCUUCGUGGGCUUCACAUUGACGUGUCGUCGGAUGAGGUUGGCAUCUUCAACAUCACCAUCAAGGGCGCAGGCAUGGCGCUCGCCAAGGAGCAGCUGGUGUUCCAGGAUCUGCUGCAGAAGCAGUAUGAGAACGUGGACACGAUGAAGAUCUUUGACGACCGCUGUACCGUCAACGUCAACCUGCUCAUCUUCCUCAUCAACAAGAAGUUCUACCACAAGUAGACGCGCCACGCGCUGGGUCUGCUUGCAACGUCAAGGAUCUUGUGUUCACACACACACACACAGACACACACACACACACCUCUGUUUCAAACACACACAACCAGCCAAUUCAUGUCCUGCGAAUGGGGGUUCUGUUUUCUCCUUUGUUCUCUUUGCCUUCGCUUUCCACUUGUGUUGUUGGUUCCUUCACUGCAACACGCGGCAGGCGUUGUGUUGUCGCCAACAAAGCAAUCACACAAAACACACAACAGAUUGUUCACGUUUUUGGCUUCAUUUGGUUCUUCAUUCAUUCCUGUAGAUGCCCCCCCCCCCAAACUUCUACUUUGUUGCUGCACAUCAUAAAGAUGCAAGAAAAAGGAACUGGACUCGA